GAGUAACCUCAAUUUUCACAAGUGCAUUUUAACACUCGGCAAAAUUCAUGAUUAUUUUCGAUAAAAAUAGGGUCAAAUCUGGUGAUAUGUUCACCUUUUUGCGCGUCUCAAAAACAAAAUUCCGGGGUAGUGAAGAUCAAAUCCGCGGCAUUAUUAUCUAGCUGUAUAAAUAGGACGGGGCUUCCGAACAGCUGAAACAGAUCUGGGACAUUAAGAAAAUAGACAUGUUAAAGAUCUUUUUAUUGGCGGCCGUUUCAGCAGUCGCAUUGGCAGAUGAUUCCUAUGUUGUGCUGACACCAAGUAGUUUUCGAGGUGGCAUUCCUCUGAGUGUCAGUGUAAAUAUUCUUAAGGCGACUGCGCCGGUAAGUGUAACAGCAACAUUGGUCAAUGAGGGCAAAAAGACAACCGUCGCUUCCGUUACUGGAUCAUUUACACAAGGGACACCUGGAACACUUCAGCUACAGGUUGCAGAUGACGUCCACGCUGGUUCAUACAAAUUACACGUAGCUGGUACCGGAGGGGCGACAUUCAAAAAUGAAACCACCAUAUCGUUUGAAAGCAAAAGCAUAUCCCUCUUCAUACAGACGGACAAGGCCAUGUACAAACCAGGGCAGACUGUCAAUUUCCGAGCUUUUGCAGUGUUUCCUAACUUGACAGUUUACACGGGGCCAAUGGACAUUGAUAUAUAUGAUCCCGCCACAAAUAAGAUCAAGCAGUGGAAAGGAUUAACGGACGCAAGCGGUGUUGUUACAAAAUUUAUGAUUAUGGACAGUCAACCUGUGUUGGGAGAUUGGAAAAUUAAAGUUGUAGCUCAUGGGCGAUCUGAAGAAAAGCUGUUUACAGUUGCUCACUACGUUCUGCCCAAAUUUGAAGUGACAGUGGAACUACCAACAUAUAUGCUGACAUCAGACGACAGCAUAACAGGAAAAGUUAAGGCCACAUACACAUACGGUAAACCAGUGAAAGGUACUGUGGACAUAAGAGUCAAGGUAGACCAUUGGUACAGACCAUAUAAUUACCAUGGAGACGAACCACAGAUUUCACAGUCUUUGACGAUUGAUGGAGAAGCAUCUUUCACAGUGCCUCUAGAUCUGAUCAAGCAAGCGAACCGUUACUUGACUGGUCGCUCACUGGUCGUAGAAGCAAAUGUUACUGAGAGUUUGAACAGUAUAACACUGAGCGGUGACAGUAAAGUAACACUCUAUCAGCAUGCUGUCAAGCUGGAAUUCCUACAGUCAAACCCUAACACCUUCAAACCUGGACUACCAUACACAGCUUACUUGAAAGUAGUUCAGCAAGACGACACACCCAUUACAGGAAAACGUCAAACACUUACUGUAAAAGUUCAGUCGACCUAUGAGGAAGAAGUAACUGGCACCACUCCGUACCCCUGGUUCAGCCCCCGGCAGCACUCUUACUACAUGCCAGAGCAGACAUUUACCGUGCCAGACACAGCAAUAGUGCCCAUCCAGGUGGACAUCCCAGACAACUCAACGCAUAUCAGUGUAGAUGCACACUACGGAAAUGUCAGUUCUAGGCUAAGUCUCUCAAAGAGUUAUUCUCCCAGUGAUAACUACAUGCAGCUCUUCCUUAAAUCAUCAAAUCUCAGGCCUGGGCAAACCGCAACAUUUGACAUCAAAUCAACAGAAUCCGUCCCAAGUGCUGUGUAUCAGGUUAUGUCUCGUGGUUCUGUUGUUGCGGCUGGAAGCUUUACAGGAAAUACUUUCAACAUUCCUAUAGAUUCCGAUAUGGCACCUAACGCUAGAAUCAUUGUGUAUUAUGUCCGAACUGAUGGAGAGGUUGUGACAGACAGCAUUAGCUUUGAUGUAGAUGGCGCUUUCCAAAACGAAGUUACAAUCGACUUUGACAAAACGAAAGCCCAACCAGGAGAAAAUGUCAACGUCAUUGUAAAAGCAGAUCCAAUGUCUGUCGUAAAUCUGUUGGCAGUUGAUCAGAGUGUUCUUCUUUUGAAGUCAGGAAAUGACGUCACAGCGUCUGAGGUGAUUGACGAACUGAAAUCCUAUGACACAAUAAAACAUGCCAGAUCACCACCAUUUUGCUGCGACUUUAUGCCUAUGGCAGUUAACCGCCGAAAGAGGAUGGCAAUAUGGUGGCCAUAUCCAGUCUACUAUGGAGGAUCAGAUGCACAGGCAAUCUUUGAUAAUUCUGGCGUUAGAGUGAUGACAGAUGCAUUAGUAUAUCACCAUGUGGAACAACACUACUUUCCAUAUCUGUCAGGAGGUGGAGGUGGAGGUUUCCUACUGGCUUCUCUUGGUGGUAACCCUCUCGCCGGAGGGGGAAUGCCCGUUCCAGCACCUUCUAUGAUAAAUUCGGCCAGUGGGCCACAGAAAAUGUCGGAUAAAAUUAGAAGCGUUUUUCCAGAAACAUGGCUAUGGAGUAACUCGUCUGUUGGAGCUGAUGGUACAACAACAGUUAGUACUACCGUUCCGGACACGAUUACGUCAUGGAUCGCCAGCGCUUUUGCUGUAAACUCUGUGUCUGGUUUGGGCGUAGCAUCUUCCACUGCAAAGAUUGAAGCUUUUAAGCCGUUUUUCGUGAGUUUGAACUUGCCAUAUUCAGUGGUGAGAGGAGAGCAGCUCGCUUUACAGGCAAACGUGUUCAACUACAUGUCCCAAGAUCUUGAUGUUAUUGUGACGCUGGAGCAGUCUAAUGACUUUAAAAAUGUCAUCGUCGAUACCUCUGGAACAGUACAGUAUGCUUCGCAACAACAACAAGAAACAGUUCAUGUUGCAGCGGGAGCAGCAAAGAGCGUAUUUUUCCCUAUAGUUCCUGCAGCUCUCGGUAAGAUACCUCUCACAGUGAAGGCCCAGUCCGUUCUUGCUGCUGAUGGUGUACGCAGACAAUUGUUGGUUGAGCCUGAGGGCGUGGCCAAGGAAUACAGCAACCCAAUAUUGAUAGACCUGAAGAACGCAACUUCAUUCAGUACAGAUGUCGCACUGUCUCUCCCAGCUGGUGUCGUUGCCGGAUCACAGAGGGUUGUAGUCUCAGCUAUUGGUGACUUGAUGGGACCAACUGUAAACAAUCUCGACAAAUUACUGCGCAUGCCCACCGGGUGUGGCGAGCAGACAAUGCUUGGAUUUGCUCCAGAUGUUUUCGUGACUAAUUAUCUGACAGCAACAAGUCAGCUCACUGGUGAUAUUGAGGAGAAGGCAAUCAAUUUCUUAGAGAAAGGAUAUCAGAGAGAGCUCACGUUCCAGCAUAAAGAUGGCUCAUUCAGCGCCUUUGGUGACAGAGACAAGUCCGGAAGCAUGUGGCUGUCGGCAUUCGUAACAAAGUCAUUCCACCAGGCAAAGAAGCAAAUUUUUAUUGACGAUGAAACAAUUAAACGGGCUCUAGACUGGAUGAUAAGCAGACAAAAUUCUGAUGGUUCAUUCCCGGAACCAGGACGUGUUAUCCACAAAGACAUGCAGGGAGGUUCUGCAUCAGGGCUGGGACUCACAGCUUUUGUUCUGAUUUCACUGCUGGAGAAUAACGAUCUAGGAGGUAGUAUUCAGCAGAGAAUCAACAAAGCCGUUACUAUGGCAACAGGUUACGUUGAGUCCCAGUUGUCCACUACAUCAGAUGACUACGCUUUGGCUAUCAGCAGCUACGCUCUCCGCCUUGCUAAAAGCUCCCAUGCCGAUGCCGCCUACACCAAACUCAACAACGAUGCCAUUGUAAAAGGUGGAAUGCGCCACUGGCACAAGGCCCAGACAAGUACUUCCAGUCAUCACUACUGGAGACCAUCUCAUUCUCAAGCUAAUCCUAUUGACAUUGAAAUGACGUCAUAUGCAUUGCUCGUGCAGGCGGCAAAACAAGACUUCGCUAAUGGUAUCCCUAUUAUGAAGUGGAUAACCUCACAGAGAAACUCUAAUGGUGGAUUUGCCUCGACACAGGACACUGUUAUUGGACUACAAGCGCUAUCAGAGUUUGCAGGCAUGUCGUAUUCUGACAGUUUUGAUAUUCAAGCCACAAUCACAGCUGGAACAUUUACUCAUAAAUUCUCCAUCAACAAACAGAACGCCCUACUUCUUCAGACAGUUGUACUUCCAUCCAUUCCUAGUCAGGUGUCCGUUACUGCAACUGGACACGGCAUGGCACUUGUUGAUAUCAACCUGUCAUUCCACGUAGAACAGGAGAUUGAAGAAAAAUCAUUCGAUAUCACUGUAACCAUGGUACAGGAAACUAUUGACUUCCUCUCAAUCAAGACAUGUGCAGCUUGGUUGAAGACAGGAGCGAGCGGUAUGACGGUACAAGAAUUCGGCAUACCGUCUGGGUUUGAGGCGGAUCUUGAGAGUAUCGCUGGUAUUGCAGAGAUUAAGAAGGUCGAGACUGAAGACAGAAAAGUUAUCCUAUACUUCGACGAGAUUACAACAAAGCCAGUCUGUCUUACUAUGGAUGUGAUCCGAACUGGUAUGGUAGCAAAAUCCCAACCAGCGACGGUCAGAGUGUAUGACUAUUACCAGCCAAGCAACCAAGUGACUGCAUUCUAUCAAUCUCACGUGCUUAAGAACGCAGAUAUCUGUGACGUAUGCAAAGAUUGCGGAUGCAAGAGUGCCAGAAGGUAGUUGUACAGUUGAAAACACACAAAAUUACCUUUAUGCAUCAGUAAAGUGCUUUUACAGAGACAGAAUUCAUACUUCUUGUUUUGAAAGUGACUCAUUUCAUAUUUGUGUGUCAACAAACACUGUUAUCACCGAAUGAUACUUGGCUUUGUUCUUUCCUUACGCCUACAUGUAAAAAGACAUUUAGAUUUUUUUACAAGUUCAAUGAUAAUUGGUGCUUUUGCUUUCUAUAUGACUAAAAACAAUUGAAUUAUUUACUAGAUUAAUGGGGUUUGGUGUUUUGUGCUUUCUUUAUUUCAGUUAUUUACUAGUUCAAUGAUACUUAGCGUUUGUGCUUUCUUUUACAGAAUUUCCUUUAUGUAAUUUCUUUGCAUUAUUCCAUUUUUGUGUUUAUACUUCACAAAUAAAAUUGCUCUGUUUUUGA